AUUCAAUUGACAGGAAUGAGUUUCACAGGGACUUUAUCAGUAUAUUCUCUUAUGUAACAGGAUAUCAAGGGUAUGUGGAUAUAAAAGGCAGCAUAUUUAGCACACGCAGUGUCUUGUUCCUUAUUUUCAGGACGGGUUGUUUUCCGACAGGUUCAUACUCAUGGAUUUACAAUAUAGAUGGAUGGUUUUCUUGUGUUUGCUGGUAGUCCAGUGCUUCACAGAUGACACCUACACAAAGCAUAUGGAUGACUUCAUUAAAGUGGUGAAGAUUAUUGAGUCGGAGAACCCUGGACUCAAGCCUCUAGCUGUGCUGAGGGGUUUGCGUAAGGCUGUUGGCAUUGACACGCCGUUUAUCCAGCACUAUCUUGGCCCCCUCGGUGAUGCACAAAGUCUUGUUCUAAAGGGAAAACUCACUGAUUACAUCUCCAGAGUUCUUAAACACCGGGUGGUGCAGGAUUUGGAGGAAGGUGUAGUACUCACAGCAGAUGGAACCACUGUGGCUCUAACUCCUCUUCUGCUGGGCCUUGAGGCUGGUCUGAAGUCCACUUCCUGGCCAAAUGUGCCUGGUCUCUACCCUCUUUCCCUCACCAAGAACCUAGUUCUCUCAUUUCUUCAGCAUUCCCAGGCUGAUCCCUCUGCUUCAUCACGUCUGGGUCCUGGCGGAUGUUGGGACAAUGUGACAGAUCCACAGGUCUUCAGACUUUCUGGUGUGGCUUCCAUGGCUACAGAUGCUCAAAUAAAUGGAGGCAUGGAUGGAGUGAUUUUAGGAAAGCAUCUUUCUAAACCUCACAAACGCCUACUUACUUUAAGCAGCCUUCUGAGACGAUACUACACCUAUCAGCUGAACAGUGCAGGGCUCGAUGCUGCACCUGCCCUGAUCAGCCAGCUUCGCAGAAGCAGUUACAGGAAGCUGAUCAGCCUCACUUCUCUGAAAAAGCAACUAGCCAGGUCUCUGAGUGUAUAUCAAAAGCUGCAUAAAUAUGGGAAGAAAAACAAUCAAAAUGUUGAUAUGGAUGAAGGGCUGGAGGAAUUUGUCCACAGUUACAUAGACUGUCCAGCCAUCAUUCCACGUUGCAUGUGGGAAGCCAAGCCUUACCGUGGCACUCCCACUCUGCUGUCCCUGCCUUUAUCCUUCCUAUAUAUCCAUCACACGUAUGAGCCAUCCCAGCCAUGUCUGACCUUCCAGCAGUGCUCUCGAGACAUGAGGGCUAUGCAGCGCUUUCAUCAGGAUGACCGUGGCUGGGACGACAUUGGAUACAGCUUCGUGGCUGGUUCUGAUGGCUAUGUGUAUGAAGGCCGUGGGUGGCUCUGGCAAGGUGCUCACACCAAAGGCCACAACUCUAAAGGCUAUGGUGUCUCCUUCAUAGGAGACUACAUGUCCAGCAUCCCUUCUAAACGCACCAUGGACAUAGUGAGGAACCAGCUUACUAAGUGUGCCACAGAGGGAGGGAAGCUGGUCUCAAACUUCACCAUACAUGGGCACAGACAGCUGGUGAACACCUCCUGCCCUGGAGAUGCCUUUUACAGUGAGAUCAAGGGAUGGGAGCACUUUAGGGAGGUGAAUCCAUGAAAAUUAUUAAGACCAAGGCAUUUUGCAAAAUAAACAGAAUAAAUCUGCAAAAUAAAUAUAUCUCAUAUACACCA